UGUCCGUGCUUAUACACUCAGAUGCGGUGUGGUAGCCUACUCCCUCAAUUGUGUAUGUAGUUUUUAGAGUUUUGACUUCUUUUCUGUAAGCCUGGAGAUUCCCAGGAUGCUACCUUUUGCUAAAUUUGUAACAAAACUAUAACGAAAACAUCCAUCGGUGAAAUUAAAAACAAAAUCACCAUGACUACAAACCGAGGAUUGCCAAGAACUUUGAGAAGAAGUGGAAGUUUACCUGCAUCCCGUACUGUCAGAAUUGUGAUUUUGGGUCAAGCUGCAGUAGGUAAAACGGCCAUGGCAGUGCGAUUUAUCACCAGAAGAUUCAUCGGCGAGUACGACCCUACUCUCGAGACUAUCUACAGACACGAGGUUGCCAUAAAUGGAGAUGUGGUACACUUCGAGAUACUGGAUACAGCGGGGCAGGAGGAGGACGCCCUGCUGAUUGAGGAGAAGAUCAGGUGGGGCGACGGCUUCCUCAUCGUCUACUCCGUCACAGACCGGUGCAGCUUCGACGAGGUCAUGCGCCUCUGUUUCCUGGUCAACCACAUCCAUGCUGGGGCCGGUGGUGGCAGGCGGAGCAACACCGAGCCGCCGCCCACACUCAUCGUGGCCAACAAGAAGGACCUGGAGUACGACCGCAUGGUGAGCUCGGAGGACGGCGAGAGCCUGUCGCGCGGCCUCAAGCUGCCCUUCCACGAGAUCUCGGCGCGGGACAGCUGGGAGGAGACGGCCGCCGUGUUCCACGCCCUCUACAGCGAGGUGGCGCAGCAGCUGGACGCCUCGCCGCCCUCCUUCCGUCGCCGCGCCGUCUCCAAACUCAUGGAGAAAAUACCCAGAAUUCACUCUGGCACGGCGCUGGGUGCCGCGGGACGCAGCUUCAGCUUUGGAUCCUUUAGGGAUUUCUUGCCUGAGUAAUUACUGGGGAACAUGGACCCUUCUGAGGUACUGUACAGGAGGUGAGGGUGCAUACCUUCAACACUGAUCUAGAUGUAGAUACAGAAAUAGAGACCAAAGACAGCCCAUAUCACAGCAGUUUGUUUGACUAGCUCUUAGUUUGAUUACUUGCUGGUAAAAACAACAAAUCUGUGUGGUUACUCCAUGAAUCUUGCACACUUUGCAUUGAAGAAAAGACUGUAUGUGUUGAUUUGCUUAUAUUGAACAUUACACAGUAUUUUGUUCAUGUCCUGGAAAUACUGGGGCCUCAUUUAUAAAACUUUCUUACGCACAGAUUUGAUCUAAGACCGUGCGUACGCUCAAAUCCAUGCCAACGCUCAGAUUUAUAAAGACCGUCUUUGACGUGGAAAAGUGCUUAUCUCCACGUCAGGUUCAAACCUGACGUACGACCAUUUCCUUGUGGUAGUGCCAGGGUACUGCAAGUAAUCUGAGGUCCAAAUGCGAUGAAUUCUCAAAAUUCCAAGAAGACCAACGAUCUCCUGUAGUUCUCUACCAUAUGCAUGAUCAAUAUCAGCAGAAGUUGUAAGGAGUAAGUAUAGAAGUUAAAGUUUUAACUAAUUCUUAAAGGUUGGAAAAGGAAAAACCCUAUAAUAUUGUAGUGGAGGCUAAAAGUAAGUAAACGCAGUUUAUUCACCCCAGGCAUUUCAAAAAUAGAGUUUAUCAACCUCUCCAAAGACGUAUUCACCAAUUUCAACUUUUAACAUUGAAAAAGCACACUGUAUUAUCUGCAUUCACAAUAUGAACACUCAUCAACACGAACCAUUUAAUCCACCAAUCUUGAAUUUCCCCUUGGGGAUCAAUAAAGUAUCUAUCUAUCUAUCUAUCUAUCUAUCUAUCUAUCUAGCCUAUCUAUCUAUCUAUCUAUCUAGCCUAUCUAUCUAUCUAUCUAUUUUAUAAACACUUGAUAAUAUCCUCUACCAUAAUCAAACAUAUUCUGAAUGCGUUAUGAAACGGCGCAUUACCGUGAUCACAGAAUUCAUGGGUUACCCACUUCUUAUUUUACUACUACACCCGUGUCAUGCCUAGGCUAUAUCUUAUCUAUUUCAUAGCAUUCAAAAAAGCAGGCAGGCCAUAGAGUCAUCUAUAUAUUUAAUGUUCCCAUCGAUAUUGACCAUAAAGUGUCCAUUUACGCUUGUUUAGAAGAGGGAAAUAUGACUUGCGUUCAUGAUAUUCCAAGCUCCACAACAGAAAGAUAAUAUUAUAAUGUAGGCUAUAUAUGGACAGGUAUUUUUCAGCAUCUUUACAUCGCAAAUAGACAUAAUCUAUAGAUAGAUAGAUAGAUAGAUAGAUAGAUAUUUUAUUGAUCCCCAAGGGGAAAUUCAAGAAUUUGGUGUUAACAUUCCAUUCUCACGGUAAUUGCAUUGUUGCCUUUAUCAAACGCACGCACAGGCGCAUUACCGUGAUCACAGAAUUCAUGGGUUACCCACUUUAUAUAAAAAUAUAUAAAGGUAAAUAGACAUAAUCUAUCCUCUGAAAAGCAGAGUUUUGCAUCUUCAUAAUUGCGGCCGAGUUGCAAUGAGUUAUAGCACGCGUCUGAUUGCAUAGCCUGUGUCUGAUGGCAGUGCCCAAGACCAGAUGGCAAUACGUGGAUAAUAACAAUUAGGAUAAUGCAGGCUAAAAUAUAAAAAUAUAUAAAGGUAGGCCUAAAGGUCACUGGACAUUCUUGCAAGUAAACAGUCGCUGACAUCGAUAUUGCUUGAAUCCCGACGCGCAGAAUGAAUGAAGAAUGACCGGUGAAUAACUUAUAUUCGCUAUACAGUAAAAACAUAGCCUAUCCAUAAACGUUCGGUCUACAUGACAUACAGUAUCUCGCUUAUAAUGUAGUCCGCCGUAGGCUACAUGGGCAGUAUCUAACCCUGGGUCAUAUUGGAAACGCCAUACUGUACCAUAACGUAUAGGCCUAAAUUAGUAUGAUGUACUGUAGGUAUUUCCGUCAUAAGGUAGCUUACUAUGUUCUAUUACCAAAGUAAACCUACUACAUUUGCCACACAUUGCCUACUACAUUACUGCAAGCAGAAGGAAUAAAAGCAAGCAGAGGACAAUGGACAUGGAUGCAUAUUUCUUUCCAGAAAGCGCUGCUUGGAAAAUUAUAAUUAAUUAUUCGAACUAACAGCGCAUAAACAUAGGUUAACAUCAGAUGGCAUAGGCUAGGCCUUUACAGUUUUCAAUAUAUGUAUUUAAGGUACAACUCAGCCAUUGAUUGCAUUAAAGCCUAUGCUAAUGAUAUUGAUGAGGGGGCGUGUACAAGGCGGAGACCUAAAAUCACCCAGCUGCGCACGAAUUCACGUUCAUUUGCGAUUUAUAAUGGCCACAUCUGCAAGAGUGGCGUACGCACGUUUUUUUGUGCGUACGUUCGUUUCUCUGAAUCACACGUACGAUCAUAUCAGAAAUGAUCUAAGAUCAAAUGAAUGAUGGUUUCUACGCGAUACUUUUAUAAAUGAGGCCCCUGGUGAUUAAAGAUGACAAACUCUUAUUGGACAGGUAAAAUAUAUUCAGAAAAAUGCAGAAUAUAAAGUUGCUAAUUUCAUUCGAGACUAUGGAUGAUAGUAAAAUCUUUUCUCCUCAAAUCUUUUU